UAUUUUGAAAGUUACAGCUUGUUUUCACUUCCGGACACUGUGUCUGGCUCCGCCUCCUCCUUGCACUCAGCGGCAAGCCGUCUUUCCUACUUCUUGUUCAUCCAGCCGCAGAACAGCUUUGCUAGCCCAAACUCUUUUCGACUUCACGUAGAGACUGAACUGCCACCAACACCAUGUCUUCCGGAAAAGCUAUGAUUGGCAAGCCUGCCCCAAACUUCAAAGCCACAGCUGUAGUGAAUGGGCAGUUUAAGGACAUCCAGUUGUCAGACUACAAAGGGAAGUAUGUAGUCUUCUUCUUUUACCCCCUGGACUUCACAUUUGUGUGCCCCACUGAGAUCGUGGCCUUCAGUGACAGGGCAGACGAGUUCAGGAGCAUCAACUGCGAGGUCAUCGGCGCCUCUACAGACUCGCACUUCAGUCACCUGGCCUGGAUCAAUACACCAAGGAAGCAGGGAGGUCUGGGUCCCAUGAACAUCCCCCUGGUGGCAGACCUCAAUCAGUCCAUCUCCACAGACUACGGUGUUCUGAAGGAGGGUGACGGCAUUGCCUACAGGGGUCUGUUUGUGAUCGAUGACAAGGGCAUUUUGAGGCAGAUCACAAUCAAUGACUUGCCUGUGGGCCGCUCUGUGGAUGAGACCUUGCGCCUGGUCCAGGCCUUCCAGCACACUGACAAAUAUGGCGAGGUGUGCCCUGCUGGCUGGAAACCAGGAAGCGAUACCAUCAUCCCCGAUGUCGAUAAGAGCAAAGAGUUCUUCUCCAAGCAGUAAAUGUGAACAUGUUGUUGUUGACCUCCUAACCACAGCACUUACCCUCAGAUCAGAAGUUCCCCUGUGAAGCAGUCUCUUAUUGGCACACAAUUGCAAACUAACAAUUUUGAAAUUGUCAAAUCCAAAUGCUCUGUUGCAAAUCUUAUAUUUGUACGUCCGGUAACCAGUGGGGCAACCUCAUAGUCUUGAGCACUGAAAGUAUUCUUGUUUCUUUUUCAGAAGUGUUGAUUAUUUUUUACAUUAAUUAAUCGUUCUGCCAUCAUUAUUAAAGCAGUGGGAAACAUGA